AUGGACGAUCUUGGCUAUGAAUGGUACACUGGCUUUCGUACGCCAAGAGCGGUAGGAGAAUCAAUAGAGGAGACGAAGGAAGUGUCCCCAAAGGUGGCCGAACAGGCAGAAGUAGAGAAUGAUGAUGCGCCUGUGGCAUGUAAUGCACGUCCUAAAGCACCUAUAGAAUUUACGGGGAUAGCUGUGGAAAUCAGCCAUUGUGACCAGAUGGAUAUCAUUUCCCAGGUCAACAGCGCAAUAGAAAAAUGGAUUCCCAUAUGCAUGAACCACCUAUAUAGCGCACAUCCUGAGAGCCCAUGUAACGUAACUGCCGUGGAUAAAUAUCAAACCGAAGAAUGUGAAGUAUCCACUAUCAAGCUACAAAGCAACCACCAUGUUACACUCUUCUACUAUUCCUCACAGGACCAUAAGGAAGAAUUAUCAGACCCAGUGGUACAAACCGCACUGAAGGAAAUGGCAUCGUUGAAACCUGAACUUAAAACUUUAUGGGAUGCAAUGACACCAUAUGAAUUUGCUGUAGCAAUGCUCUAUCGCCAUUUCUACCAUAUUAAAAUGCCAUUUGAACAUCGGAAACCGCAUGAACACACAAAGUUGAAGGAAUAUGUACCAAUGAACCUUAAACACGUUAUUUUUGUACCAGGGGUGCUCAUGUGCGUCACCGCACAUCUAGAGAGGGAGUUGGUACCCUUGCCCUCGCCAGAUGGAAAGUUAGGACCAUAUGAUCAAUACCCAAGGUCCAAAAUGGCUAACAUGCAACUUCUGUUGAACCUUUGCAAAGAAAACGACGGGGUCAUGUUAGAAGAAAACCAUUGCACUCACGUCACACUCGGGGUAACCAAGGAGUACAAACCAGUAGCCUCAAAUAACAUAUGCCAAGGUGUAAAAAGUUACCUAGAGUUCCUAACACUAUACAAAGAUGAAAAACCAGAAGACAAGCUCUGGAACAUUGUCAAAAUUAACCAAGACAAAACUAUAAGUAAAAUGAAACCAUCAGAACUGCUAGAAAUAUUACACAUAUAUGCAAGUAAACCAACCCAGUUUAAACAUGCCAAGCGUAGCUUUGUAGAAAUUACACCAUACAUAAACGAUGCAGAUGAUGAGGCGGCACUGGAAGAAGCUGCGAAAAGAGCGACAUUUGAAAUUGCGCUACCACCAGAUACAAAACAUUCUGAACAAAUGAUACGCCGGUACAAACGUACCAGAUGUUGCGUUGCCGACGGGGGCAAAUGGAUAUAUAUCAGACAUCUGCCUAUCGAUAAAGAGCUAAACGGCAGUUAUCAAGAGGAAACGGCAUGGUUUGUCGAUGCAUACAUUAGCAAACUCGACAGGCCAGUAACGGGUGAGAUGCGCUUUUUCUAA